CAAUACGACACCAGCACUCGUACGUUGAUUUACCCAAUCCCAAUGUGCCACACCAACACAUGGUGUAUCGGCGACACGGAAUUUUGCCGACGACGAGAGCAACAUAUAGAGUAAACGUAGAGGAGAAGAUAAGGUUCGAAAACUUUUUUUCGGUUUCAAAAAAAAAAAAACGACUGCUAUGCGCGAACGUGCGCUCUGAAUGUUACACAGCUGAGACUCUCGUCUUUGAAUAAAAACGCGCAUUAUUCUGUCGCAAACGCGAACGCAAGAUGGAACUUUCGCGAAGAACCGUGUCGAUGACAACCUUGAGUUUGCUCGUCCUCGCCACCUUCAUCGGCAUCAGCGAGGAAUUGGCAGUUAUGAGCAUUGACAUUGGUAGCGAAUGGAUGAAGGUCGCUAUUGUUUCGCCCGGUGUCCCUAUGGAAAUAGCAUUAAACAAAGAAUCAAAGAGGAAAACACCGGUGGCGAUUGCGUUCAGGGAAGGGGAGAGAUUUUUCGGCGAAGACGCCCAAGUGGUGGGAGUGAGAUUUCCCCAGAACAUGUUUUCUUAUAUUCUAGAUCUUGUAGGAAAGCCUAUAAACAAUCCGAUGGUACAACUGUACAUGAGGAGAUUUCCUUAUUACGAUAUCGUUGCUGACAAUGAGAGAAAAACUAUAGCCUUCAAGUUGAACGAAAAUACAACGUACACUCCGGAAGAGUUGCUCGCGCAAUUAUUGCACAAAGGCAAGGAGAUGGCGGAAGCUUCGGCUCAUCAGAAGAUCAACGAAGCGGUUAUCACUGUGCCUGGAUUCUUCAAUCAGGCCGAGAGGAGAGCGUUGGUUCAAGCGGCGGAAAUGGCCGAACUGAAGGUGUUGCAGCUACUUAACGAUUAUACGGCUGUUGCUUUGAAUUACGCUGUGUUCGGUAGAACUGAAAUCAAUGAUUCCGCUCAUUACAUCAUGUUCUACGAUAUGGGGGCCAGUAGUACCACAGCGGCAAUUGUUAGCUAUCAAAAUGUUAAAACUAAAGAAAGAGGUUUUGUCGAAACCAAUCCUCAUAUUACUGUUUUGGGUGUGGGAUAUGACCGUACGCUCGGUGGUCUCGAAAUGCAAAUCAGACUGCGGGAUUAUUUAGCGAGGGAAUUUGACGCGCUGAAGAAGACAUCGAAAUCCGUUUUUGAUAGCCCGAGAGCAAUGGCAAAGCUAUUCAAGGAAUCCGGACGUGUGAAAACGGUGCUAAGCGCCAACGCAGAUCAUUUUGCUCAGAUAGAAGGCUUGAUAGACGAUAUUGACUUUAGACUGCAAGUAACGAGAGAGAAAUUGGAAGAGAUAUGCGCCGAUCUGUUUGAACGUGUGGCAAAUCCUGUGAAGAUUGCUUUAGAUACUUCAGGUUUAACAAUGGAUAUCGUAUCGCAUGUUGUAUUAGUCGGAGCGGGUACUCGUAUGCCGAAGGUACAAGAAGUAUUGUCUCAAUAUGUUAAAACAGAAUUGUCGAAGAAAGUGAAUGCGGAUGAAGCGGCUGCUCUGGGUGCCGCCUAUAAAGCGGCUGAUCUCAGCAAGGGCUUCAAGGUCAAGAAAUUUGUCACGAAGGACGCCGUGUUGUUCCCAAUUCAAAUAGUAUUUGACAGAGUUACCGAUAACAAAGUUAAACAGGUGAGAAAGACCUUAUUUAACAAAAUGAAUCCUUUCCCGCAAAAGAAAAUUAUUACAUUUAAUAAGUGUACAGAAGACUUUGAAUUUAAUGUGAAUUAUUCUGAAUUGGAUUAUUUACCUCGCAGAGAGGUGACAUCUGUAGGCGAUACCAAUAUAUCUGCUAUAUCGCUGAUUGGCGUGUCGAAAGCUAUAGAAAAACAUACCAAGGAAGGAGCCGAUAUUAAAGGGGUCAAAGCGCAUUUCAACAUGGAUGACAGUGGCAUAUUGAAUCUAUUGAAUGUAGAAUUGUUUUCGGAAAAGUUGAGCACUAACGUCGCAGAAGAAGAGGGUACUUCAAUAUUUGGCUCAAUUAGUAAAUUGUUCGCAGGUUCCAACGAGAAAGAAUCAGAAAAAUCAGAAGAGUCUCCGCAAGAGGACGUAAAACCAGUGCAUGAAGAACCGGAAUCACCAGAUGUGCCCAAGGAAACUGAGACGGAACCAAAGAAGAAUGAGACAAAACCGAACGAAGAAAAACCUGCGAACAAGACGGAAAAAGCGGACAAAGAGAAAAAGCCGACUAUCGUUCAGUUGAAAGAAGUUAUCGAUACAAAAGAGAUCAAAUUGGGAUCGCAAAUAUUGUCCGGUGAAAAACUUGCUGAAUCUCAGGACAAAAUACGCCGUUUGAACGUGCACGAUCGGGAGAAAGCGCGUCGUGAAAACGCGUUGAACAAUCUCGAGUCGUACGUAAUCGAUGCGCAACAGAAGCUCGAUUCUGAGGAAUAUUUGGCCGCGGCGACCGACGAGGAAGCCGAACAGAUCCGAAAAGCGUGCACCGAGAUAUCCGACUGGCUCUAUGAAGACGGGUUUGGCGCGACGGCGGAAAUUUACGAAGAGAAAUUGACGGAUCUGCAAAAGUUAACCAACGACGUUUACGAGAGAGUCUCGGAGCACCGAGACCGUCCGGAAGUUCUCAAGGGAAUAGUCGCAUUGCUGAACGGAAGUAGAUUGUUCUUGGAGAAUAUGCGUAACUUGAGCGUAACGACGGAAAUUAUCACGUCUGUUGAAGUUGAGACGUUGGAGAAGGCGAUCAACGAGACAGAGGAUUAUUAUCAGGCAGCUUUGCGAUCUUUCGCCGAGACGUCGAUGAAUCAACCGGUACAGUACAAAGUCCGUCACAUAGCACAAAAGAUGGAACUGCUUGAUAGGGAAGUCAAAUAUUUACUUAACAAGGUCAAGAUUAGGAAACCAAAACCAGAAACUACAGCGGGUAAUAAAACCGAGCGUCCGACGGAAGAAACUAAAGAAUCAGCCGAAGAAGAAGAAACCGAAACAUCCAACACCGAAGAAGACACGUUAGUUAUACCGGAAACCGAUAAGUCGCAAACAACAAACACGCAAAAUCCAGAAGAGGACGAGCAUCAAGAACUAUAAGAAAUAAGUUAAUUUAUAUAAAAAAGUGUGUGAUUCUCUGUUAUUGAUCGACUUCUCUUCGUCGAUUUAGGCAAUUUCCGUAGGGUUACCUUUGUGGUGAAUGCAUUUAAGACUUCAAAAUCAAAGUGGGAUUUCUUUAUGCGUCAUUAUGCGUUUUGAUCGCUUAUUGUUUAAAAUAUAAGCUGUUCCAUUUAAUGAAUAAUCCAUAUUUAUAUUCAAGAUAUAUAAUAUAUUAAUUUUAUUCGUCAUUAACUCAUUACAAAGUUAUUAUUGAAAUUAAUCGAAAAAAAAUGUUGAUCUUAUCAGAAACUGUUUAAGAUAAUUAUGUUACACAGGUGCCAAGCAAACAAUAGCAAAUUCAGCUAUUUGACUAAUUUGGUGAUAAAAAACAAAAAUAAUAAUAAUAAUAAUAAUAAAUGGCCAGUUCUCCGUGAGAAUUUAUCUUCAGUCUUUUCUACUAUAUCAAAUUUUUGGGGCAUGCAAGAUGUUUGCCGCAAUUAUAUCUCAAUCAUGCAUCGUGUAUCACAAGAUAUAGAGUUGCGGUACAUACAAAUCGUAACACAUUAACUCUUGUAAAAAUAAUAAAAUAAUUUUUUAUAUCUGUUAGAAAAUGGAGAUCUUCUCAUACAUGGCACAGCUUUGUAUGUGCGCGUACACAUAUAUUAUAUAUACUAUACAUCAGUUUUCGAAACAAAAAAAGUUUAUCUUCCACAAUUUAAUUACAUCAUCUUCUUCAUGAAAAAACUGUUAAAUAUAUUUCUUUUGUUACUUAUAUGAUAUUUUGUAUAGUAUUUAUAUAAUAUCGUACAAUAAA